AUGGAGCCAUUCAUUGGUUGCUGGAAAUACCAAACUCACGAGAAUUUCGAUAAGUUUCUCAAUUCUGUCGGUGUGCCUUAUCUGAUUUCAAAAAUCGCAGUUCGGAUGCCUGCUUCACUGACUUUCUCUAAAACCGAGAAUCCAGAUGAAUACAAGACCGAACUCUCGACGAUCACUAAAACAACGGGAGGAGUUUUCAAAGUUGGAGAGGGUUUCCAGGAAUCUACAAUGAGAGGUGGAUUCAUGGACUCGAAGAUAUGGUUUGAGGAUGGUGUUAUGAAGCAAGAACAAAAUACGGACAAGGGUCUGGUCCAAACAACUCGAAAAGUGGAAGGAGACACAAUGUUUGUAAAAUGA